AAACCAAAAACAAUAAAACAAACCAAGUUAAAAGAGGAUUAAUAAACAGUUUUUCAGUUUCAAAAACUCUUUCUUCUACCUCUUGGGUUUCAUGGCUGCCAAAUUUCUUCUUCUUCUUCUCUUCUUUUACGUUAUUCCUUUCUCUUCUUCCCAGCCUCAGAAUAUUGAAACUUUCUUUCCGUUUGACCUUCCAUCUCCACCUCCUGCACCAACACCAGCACCUAAUUCACCAACAAAUCCAUCACCUCCACAAGAAUCACCACAAUUACAACCCCCGCCACCGCUGCCUCCGCCGCCUGUAUCACCGCCGGAAUCAAACUCUUCGUCAAAUCAGAACACCAUUGUAAGGGCAGUGGCUGUCACUGCAGCCGGCACUAUAAUUGUUGCUGCCGUAUUUUUCUUUCUACUGCAAAAGUAUUUUAUUGCACGACGUCGAAGAGACAAAGUUGGUAAUAUUUCCCAACCUGGAAAUGGUCAUGGUCCACAGGGUGGCCAGCUUACCACUUUGCCUCCAAAUGAUUUCACAAGAUUUGAUGGGAAUGUCAGAGGGUUGAUUGUGGAUGAAAAUGGAUUGGAUGUGCUUUACUGGAGAAAGCUUGAAGAGGGCGACAAGAACCAGCUCAGGAGUUUUGAGAAAGAGAUUUUACAGAGUCCUCCAAGUAGUGAUGAAGAUAAAUUAAAUGAAACGACGAUGAAAAAGUCUGAGGAAAUACAAGAAGUUCCUCUACUUAGAGGAAGUUCUUCAUCAUCUUCCUACAAUUCGAUUAGACCCGAAGAGACUUAUCAAAAUCGAAUUAUGGCUUCUAAGGCACCCCCUCCAUCAGUUUCCUUCAGGACUAUUGAAGAAAAAGAAAAACCAAUUCAACCGUCUACUCCUUCUCUUCCCCCGGCACCACCACCACCACCACCACCACCCCCGCCAAGUCAAAACAACAACAGACCUUCGCCUCCUCCGCCAUCUCCACCAAUUCCAGGAAAGAAAAAUCCCAGUCCACCUCCUCCACCACCAAAGGCUGGUGGUUUGAAAACAUCUUUAAAACCACCUUCAGGGUCUAAAGGGUCUUCAAGUGAGGUAGGAGAUCCUUCUGCAAGUGGAAAUGGUCAGGUAAAAUUGAAACCGUUGCAUUGGGAUAAGGUGAACAAAAAUGGAGAAAAAUCAAUGGUGUGGGACAAAAUUGAUAAUGGUUCCUUCAGGUUUGAUGGUGAUCUUAUGGAAGCACUAUUCGGAUAUGUAGCUAGUAAUCGGAAAUCGCCUCCAAGAACCAAUGACUCAAGGGACCCAAAGAAUCCCAACUCACAGAUUUUGAUUCUUGAUGCCCGAAAGUCUCAGAAUACUGCAAUUGUGCUCAAAUCUCUGGCACUCUCUCACAAAGAACUACUCAAUGCGCUUAACGAGGGCAAAGGCCUAAAUGCAGAAACUCUUGAAAGGCUAAACACGAUUGCCCCAAAUAAAGAGGAACAAUCCCAAAUCCUCAAAUUCGAAGGUGAUCCAACCAGGCUAGCUGAUGCUGAAGCCUUCCAUUUCCACAUUCUGAAAGCCAUUCCCUCAACGUACACUCGUCUUCAUGCUAUGCUGUUUACAUCAAACUAUGACACAGAGAUUCUCUAUCUCAAGGAUUCUAUACAAACACUUGAGUUGGGAUGUAGGGAGCUUCGAACUCGAGGACUCUUUAUGAAACUCUUGGAGGCAAUACUCAAGGCCGGAAACAGAAUGAAUGCAGGAACUGCCCGCGGCAAUGCACAAGCUUUCGACCUUACAGCUCUUAGAAAACUCUCUGACGUUAAAAGCGCUGACGGCAAAACUACUCUGCUUCACUUUGUGGUAGAAGAAGUAGUUCGCGCAGAGGGAAGACGUUGUGUUAUCAAUACUAAUAAGAACUUAAGUCGCAGCAGCAGCCGGAGUAGCAACAGCAGCAUAAAUUCUGAGUAUUCAACACCAAAAGAGGAUAAAGAAAAGGAAUAUAUGAUGCUAGGAUUACCAGUGGUAGGAGGCCUCAGUGCCGAGUUCUCUAAUGUUAAAAAAGCCGCUACAAUUGAUUAUGACACCUUUUGUUCAACUUGCUCUUCACUCUCAGCCCGUGCAGCAGAAAUUCGGGAGCUUGUAUCCGAAUGUUCUGCUGACGGAGGCGGAGGAUUUGUUAAAGAAAUGAAAGGUUUUCUUGACGCAGCUGAAAAUGAGCUGAAGGUGCUGAGAGAAGAGCAAACGAGGGUGAUGCAACUUGUAAGGAAAACUACAGAAUAUUAUCAAGCAGGAGCUGCAAAGAAUAAGGGAGCACAUCAACUGCAACUGUUUGUUAUAAUUAAAGAUUUUCUGGGGAUGGUUGAUCAAGUUUGUGUGGAAAUUGCUAGAAAUUUGCAAAGGAGAAGGGCAUCGGCGUCAGGCAUUGGAUCGUCACCGCAGUCACCAGGAUUGAGAACUGUGAGGUUCCCAAACUUGCCGGAACAUUUCUUGACGGAUAAGUCCAGGAGCAAUUCUAGCGGAUCAGAUUCUGAUUAAUCCUGAAGAGGUACAUAUACAAUUUGUUUGAAAAUAUAAUUGAUUUUAUGUAUAUAGAUUUUGAUUUUAGAACAAAGGAUCAAUAGGAAAAUAAAUACAACUGAGUGAUUUUUUUGUA